AUAUAAACCCGUGACGUCACCACUGACCGACACAUCUUUGUCAGUGAACAAAAUGGCAACCUACUGUCUCACUGUCGCCCGGCUCCAGCUGGCUCUUGGCCAUGGUGCACGGCGCCUGCAUGUAUCAGCAGCUUACAGAGCCAAGGCCAAGGUGUCUAUGAGCCGCUUUGAGCCCACUUCCUUCAUCAAUUAUGAGAAGCUCCAAUCCAACAUUGACAUUGUGCGAAAAAGGCUCAACCGGCCACUCACCCUGUCAGAGAAGAUCGUAUACGGCCACCUCGAUGACCCCCACAACCAGGAGAUCGACCGCGGUCGCACAUACCUGCGGCUGCGUCCCGACCGUGUGGCCAUGCAGGACGCCACGGCCCAGAUGGCAAUGCUCCAGUUCAUCAGCAGCGGCCUGCCAAAGGUAGCCGUACCCUCCACCAUCCACUGUGACCACCUGAUCGAGGCCCAGACCGGAGGAGUGGAGGAUCUGGCAAGAGCAAAGGAAGUCAACCAGGAGGUCUACAAAUUCCUGUCCAGCGCUGGGGCAAAGUAUGGAGUUGGCUUCUGGAAACCAGGCUCUGGAAUCAUCCAUCAGAUCAUCCUAGAGAAUUACGCCUACCCAGGAGUGAUGCUUAUCGGCACAGAUUCCCACACACCAAACGGCGGAGGGCUUGGGUCCAUCUGCAUCGGCGUUGGAGGAGCAGACGCUGUCGAUGUCAUGGCAGGAAUCGCCUGGGAGCUCAAGUGCCCCAAGGUGAUUGGUGUGAAGUUGACCGGCACUCUCUCAGGCUGGACGUCUCCUAAGGAUGUCAUCUUGAAGGUGGCAGGCAUCCUGACAGUGAAGGGAGGCACCGGAGCCAUCGUAGAAUACCACGGACCGGGAGUUGACUCCAUCUCCUGCACUGGAAUGGCCACCAUCUGCAACAUGGGAGCAGAGAUUGGAGCCACGACCUCAGUGUUCCCCUACAACCACCGCAUGAGGACCUACCUGGAGAAGACUGGACGUGGACAGAUCGCUGCCCUGGCUGAUGAAUACUCCGACUCGUUGGUACCAGAUGAAGGCUGCGAGUAUGACGAGCUCAUCGAGCUCAAUCUGGACCAGCUGAAGCCCCACAUUAACGGACCCUUCACCCCGGACCUGGCUCACCCGGUGUCUGAAGUAGGUGCAAUUGCUAAGAAGAACGGCUGGCCGCUGGAGGUUAAAGUUGGUCUGAUCGGUAGCUGUACCAACUCCAGCUACGAGGACAUGGGUCGCUCUGCCUCUGUGGCCAAGCAGGCUUUGGCUAAAGGCCUGACAUGCAAAGCUCAGUUCACAGUCACCCCCGGCUCAGAGCAGAUCCGUGCUACCAUCGAAAGAGAUGGAUAUUCAAAGAUCCUUGGUGAUGUUGGAGGCGUGGUCCUUGCCAACGCAUGUGGACCCUGCAUUGGACAGUGGGACAGGCAGGAUGUGAAAAAGGGAGAGAAGAACACAAUCGUCACUUCCUUCAACAGAAACUUCACUGCCAGGAAUGACGCUAACCCUGCAACACACGCCUUCGUUACCUCCCCUGAGAUUGUCACUGCACUCGCCAUCGCCGGCACAUUAGACUUCAACCCAGAGACGGAUUACCUCACAGCUGCCAACGGCGAGAAGUUCAAGCUGGACCCCCCCAACGGAGAUGAACUACCUGCCAAGGACUUUGACCCAGGCCAGGACACCUACCAGCACCCGCCCCCUGACGGAUCCAGCGUGGCGGUGGAUGUCAGCCCUACAAGCAACCGGCUACAGCUGCUGGAGCCCUUUGGGAAAUGGUGUGGCGGUGAUCUCGAGGACAUGAAGGUCCUCAUCAAGGUGAAGGGCAAAUGCACAACUGACCACAUCAGCGCUGCCGGACCUUGGCUGAAGUUCCGCGGUCACCUGGAUAACAUCUCCAACAACAUGCUGAUCGGUGCAGUCAACAGCGAGAACGAUGCCAUCAACAAGAUUAAGAACUACCUGACAGGGGAGUACGGACAGGUCCCCGAUGUGGCCCGUCACUACAAGGCCAACAGUGUGUCCUGGGUUGUGGUGGGAGAUGACAACUACGGUGAGGGCUCCAGCAGAGAGCACGCUGCGCUGGAGCCCAGACAUCUGGGAGGAAAAGCCAUCAUUGUCAAGAGCUUCGCCAGAAUUCACGAAACUAACUUGAAGAAGCAGGGUGUGCUGCCACUGACCUUCAGCAACCCAUCAGACUACGACAAGAUCCGCCCUGAUGACCACAUCUCCAUCAGGGGACUCAAAUCCUUUGCUCCAGGAAAGCCUCUUACCGCGCUUGUGAAGCACAGCGAUGGCAGCAAGGACGUCCUGGAACUGAACCACACCUUUAACGAGACACAGAUCGAAUGGUUCCAGGCAGGCUCGGCCCUCAACAGGAUGAAGGAGCUGCAAUGAUGGAGAGGAGUGAGAGGAACAAAACAUGUGGGGGAGGAUUUUUGAUGGGGGAGAAGGGGGGGGGGGGGGGGGG